AACAAUAAACAUAAACAAACACGUCUACACGUGAGGUAUGUUCAACGUUACUCAACAGCAAUACUGUUAGCAAGCACAACUUUCAUUUUCCUACAUAUGAUAUAAAAUUAUUCGAUAAUGAGUAGGGAAAAUGGUUCAUUAAUGCCCGAAAAGUGUAGGGCGGUCAAUACGUCAGUAAUUUAUUAUAUAUUUUUUUCAUUCAGUUCAAAAUCUCAGUUAAUUAGAACUAAAAAGAGUAUCUGCUGUUUAUGCAAAGUAACGUUACGUCACUUUAAUCAUAAGCAACUCUGCUUUAUUUGUGGUUUCUUUUAUCGAAUAUACAACUGACAUAUGUACUGACGGAACUAAUGCUAUAGAAAAUAAAAAAAGGCAAGGCUUUGGAAAUCCAAUUUUUUAUAAUAAUUUCUAUGUAAUUGAGUAUUAGACAAAUUUAGUUCACGAUCAACUUAAUAGUAUUAAUAGUAUCUAAAAAAUAACUGUAAUAAUGGCUCGCUACUUCAAGGAACAGGAUAUCGAUGGUAUGUACUUAUAUUUAAAGGAUUGCCGAUGUGCAAAAAAACCGGAAGUGAAAGUUUUCGCUAUUUACUCGCUUAUAUGUUAAAUUUUCUGCUUCAAGAAUUUCGCGAGUGUUUCUACUUGUUCGCUCGGUCCGGUCAAAUAAGCACUUUAGAUGAAUUGACUGUUAUUAUGAGAUCCUUGGGUUUCUCGCCUACCAUACAAGAGUUGGUUAGUUAUCUUAAGAAAAGAGGAGGAAAAAUGAGUUUUGCUGACUUUUUGGAUGUUAUGCAUCAACAUUCGAAAGUUGAAAACCUACCUGAUGAGGUUAUAGAAGCUUUUAAAGCAGCUGAUUGUAAAAACACUGGCUUCAUAUCAGCCCGUCAGCUGCGUAAUUUAUUGGUUGGCUGGGGCGAAGGUUUAUCAAUGAGAGAAAUUGAUAAUAUAUUCCGUGAGGCUAAUGUUAACAAUAACAGUUUAGUGCGCUACGCCGAUUUUGUGAAAAUUGCUUGCGCUCCUGUACCAGACUACUAUUGAAUAUUAUAAUUGAUUGACGCUUAAUCUUUUGAAUUUUUAAAAUAAUACUU